CUUGGGCACCAAAAUAUCUCAUUAUUAUUAAUUAAUUGGGGUAUCAUUCAUGCUAUUAUACUCCUUAAUUAUAAUCACCCAAGUAUUGCUAAAAAUUCUAUAUUUGUAUCCCUUUCAUUUCUAUUCAUAACAAACUGUUGAAGUUGUACAUCACAAAAUUGUAAUGUAAUAAAGUGCUAUAUUAAGAGAUGAACUAUUUCUAUUAUCAUGUUGAUCUUUUAGGAUGGAACCCCGGAUUUUAACAUGGUAUCAGAGCCAAAUCGAUUCAUAGCAGUGGUGUAGGCUCCAUAUAAAAAUAUGACGAUGAUUAUAAAAAAAAAUGAGAAUGACGAUUCGAUGAAAAAAAAUUAAUGACGGCACGAUCCAGACGAAGUUUCUGCUCGUAAGGAAGAGUGUUGAAGUCUCACACCGGAAAAUUGUGAAACAAUAAAGUGCUAUAUUAAAAUCUGCGCUCCUCCUCCUAUCAGGUUGACCUUUUGGGAUAUAAUCUCGAGUCUUAACAUGGUAUGAGGGUCAAACCGAUCUAUAACCGUGGUGUAGGCCCCUUAUGAAAAGUAUGAUGAUGAUUAAUUAGAAAAAUGACAAUGACAAACUGAUUAAAAAAUGAAUGACGACACGAUCCAAAUGAAAUGUCUUAUCACGAGGAGAGUUGAAGUCCCACACGGAAAAUUGUAAAAUAAUAAAGUGCUACUCCCUCCGUCCCGCUAUGAUUCUCCCAUUUUACCAUUUCGAUCCGUCCUACUAAGAUUGUCUCAUACCUUAUUUGGUAAAGUUUGUGUGGUUCUAAAUCAUUCCUACUUUAUUCUUACUUUAUCAAUUCAAUAUCAACCACACAAACUCACUUUUAUUAAUAACCGUGCCAUCUUUUCUUGUCCUAAACUUAGGGGGACGGAGGUAGUACAUAGUAUAUUAAGACAUACUCCCUCCGUCCCUAAUAACUUUGCCAAGUUUGACCGGCACGAGGAUUAAUAAAGUAAAAACUGUGUGGUUGAGGUUUGUGCAGAAGAGAGAGAAUUAACUUGAACCACAAAUUCUUUACUUAAAAGGGAAAGUGGCAAAGUUAAUGGGACAUCCAAAAAAGGAAAGUUGGCAAAGUUAUAAGGGACGGGAGUAUGUUACUUAUAUCAUGUUGUUGACCUGGAAGUCACGUCUAACCCAAAAAAAAUUCUUAGGAUGGCAAACCUCCUCCAAAUUGACAAGGUGGACUUUUAAAACUCCAACAACCAGUACACUUGCGCCGGCCAAACCAAGUCUAUUACUACCUCCGUCCCUUAUUAAACUUCCAAAUAGGUUUGGCACAGAGUUUAAGAUAGUGAGUAUUGUGUGGUGGAGAGUUGUGCAGAGGAGAAAAAAAUCUGUAAGAAUUGCUGUGAACCACAAAUUCUGGCCAAAAAGGGAAAGUGGAAGUUUUAAUUGGGACGGACGAAAAAGGAAAGUUGGAAGUUUAUUUAGGGACGGAGGGAGUAGUUUUCUCUCAAUUACCACACCUUACAAGGGUAAGAUAACACUUUCCUUGACAUAUUGUGAGCAGUGGCGGAGCCACUUUAGUUCAAAGGUGUUCUCAUGAACACCUAGAAUUUUGAAAAAUAUCUUAGUAUAUAUGUAUGAAUUUAGUUUUAUUAUUUAUUUUCUUUUCAAAUUUUAAAUAUAGAAAAAAUGAACACCCAUAGUUGAAUUCAUAGAUCCGCCACUGAUUGUGAGACCCACACAGCCGCCAAUUGAGUCACGAUCUUUCGACCGAUCAAGAAGAAAAAGAACCUGUUCUUCUAUUUCCAGGAUGAGAGACUCUUCCUCGAUCACACUGUCCAGGAGAAAGGAGAACUUGUUCUACAAUUCUCUCCCAUGCAUGAUUGGGGCUGAGAUUAUAUUCGAGAUGCUUCUUGAUCUCAGGGUUGAUAUGCAUUAGCAAUGAAAAUAUUAGUAAAUGUUAAUAGAGACGACACGGAAUGAAAGGAAGAAGAAUAGCAAAAGCUCCAAUUCCUUUCCAAUUGAAUAACCGCUAUUUAGGAGUUGAAGAAGAAGAUGCCACAUAAAUUGAUCGAAGAAGAAAAUUAGCGGAUCAAAUUCCUCUCUAUCCAGGUGGAUGAUGGCAUUGAUGAAGAAAGUGAAGAUGAAGAUGUAAACAAUGAAGUUUUAAUGUGAUUUGAUGAAGUUUUAUUUCCAUUUGUUGUUUUCAUUUUAAGUUCAGAGUUAAGACACUACUAUUGUGAUGAUUUACACUUUAAAGACAAUGGAUCAUGGAUGUUGAUUACUAGGGUAUUGUUGAACUAUGAUUUGUGAUUGAUUAUUGUUGAAAUGAAAUUCUACCUUUUCCCCAUUCAAGUAUUUCAUAAACACUUUUUAAAAGAUUGACAUUUCAAAUUAGUAGUAUGGUGCUUUGUAGCAAUGUUUGCAAAAAAUGGUUGGAAUCUUUUUUACAACAGUUUUUUUUGGUUACUAUUGAUAGAAACAAAUAAAAAAUAUUGUCCUAUAUGUUUGAAAAAAUUGUUCUCUAAGCUAUACUCUUUGAGUACGGUUUUUUCAAUGUGUUGCCUUUAAAUAUUAAAACUGUUGUCUAAUGUAUAGGCAACGCCUUACAUUACCACAGUUUUAAAACUGUUGCCAAAAACAAUGGCAACAGUUUUUUUUAUUAGGCAACAGUUUUUCAACGUAGUAGUAAAUCCAAAAUGUUGUAGUGACAUACAAGGCUCUGGCAAAUAAUUUGACUCCAUGUGCAUUGUGCAGUGAUAGUGGAUGUAUUUGACCAUGAAGUAAGCCUCUUGAGAUACAUCAAGAACCCACCAAUCCCAGCUGCUUCGACGAAGAAGACCUGAAUGGGUGAAAAACGGAAAGCAAUGAUGGAGGUAGAAGUGUAGAACUACGGUAUGAAAGGGAAAAGAUUUGUCCAACACUCCAAUUUGAGAUGUUAAAAAAAUCACUUAUCGAGGUGUUAGGGAGGUUUUCUCUAACACUUUUAAACACUUAUACUAACACUUGAAUUCCUUAAUAAAAAUUCUCCAAAACAAGUGAUAAGACCAACACCCUUCAACACUUUCAUUAGUAAUACCUCUCAACACUUCAUCCAAAUAAACCGUAAAAUUAAACUCUACUCCCUCCGUCCCCCUAUGUUUGUCCCGUUUUACCUUUUCGUCCGUCCCAUUAAGUUUGUCCCAUACCAUAUUAGGUAAUGUGACAGACACUUUGUCGUAGUGCGUCAAAAUAAAUUCAAUACUAGCACUUAUACGUAGUAUAGUGAAGUAGAGUUCGUAUCCACAGGGAAAGGAAUAAUUAUCUUUUUAAAUGAAACAAAUAAAUAAAGGGGGGGGGGGUUUGAUUGAGUGAUUUAAUUUAAUUAAACACAAAGAUGAAGGACUUAUAUGAGAUUAAAUUUAAGAAUAAAAGGGACUUGGCCUUGCUACUUUCCACUUGUUGAUAUAUUUUAGUCGAUCAUUGUUAUAUCUAUAACUUAUCACCUCUCGAAUACUCAAUCGAGAAGUAUCUCCAAUUCAUCGAGGGUAGUUAUUAACAACGACCGUUCAUUAAUAACCCUUACUAUUAAUCAAAUAUAGAACAACGCCGUAUACCGAUAUAAUAGUAGCAUUUAAUCUCUUUAACUCCUAGAUGAAAUCAAUUGAGAUUGAUAACCUCAACACAACGAUUUCGGUUUAACCAACAAAAUUAAUCCCUCUUAAGUUUAUUAACCACGACCGUGUAUUAAUAAACCGAAGUUACUUACUUGUGAAACCAUCAACAAUUAACACCAUUGGUUCGUUGAUCGUUUCUAGUAAUAAUUAAUGUCGGAACGUUAACUAAUCGUCACUUAGCAACCCUCGAACAUUAAUAUAGAAUGAGAUUAAGGAAAGAAUUAAUAAUCAAGAGAAGAAGUUAAGAAAAUAACUCACAACUUUAAUAAUCAACAAGGAAAGAAUCUGAACAGUAGUAGGCCGCAAAACCAAUCAUCUAACUUAAAUGAUGGUGAACUUAUCACCACAGGCUAACCCCACAUUAUUAAGGCCGGGAUGAUUCUAAUCCCUAAUUAAUAAUGGUGAUAAAGGCAAUUUUAGCUGCAAUAUUAUUUAUAAUAGGAGCAGAUGGUGAAAGGGUGAUGUUACUUAGCUGAAAUAGGCUGAGUAUCAGCUGUCAGGCCAAUAGAUUGGCCCGAUUAAGAUUUAACUCGGUUGGAUGAGAUCCGGCCCAACUUUUGGCUUUGUAUAUCUCUGCCGCUCCUUCACCCAAGCUAUACCAAAGCGGAUAUCCUUCAAAGCCCAGCCUGGUGCCGAACGGGAACUUCGAGGGUCGGUGUUCCAGAAUGCCGAGCAGCAGGUACUGCACGAUGCAGAGGAGGAAAGCUGGUUUUCCCGAUCGGAAGCUGCUAUCUCUGGCUGGACGGACACUGGUUGAUCACCGGUUGUUGCUCGAACGAGAUUUGAUAUCUCUGCUUGAACGAAGACUGGUCGGUCGUCGAUUAUUGCUCGAACAGGAUCUUCUAUCCCAUCUGAGCGGAGACUGGCCUGGUCCCAAAGCUAGGCGGUGUUAUGACAGAACUUUGGGCGCCGGUAUGCCGGAAAUUCUCCCGUCCAGAACGUAUAUGAGAUAUGUAGGUCGCUUCUUCCCGAACCUUCUUGGUGCAUAGUUUUCUGUCAGGGACAAAGAAUUAUUUGGAUCCUUUGAAAAUUCUAGCGAAGCUAUGAUAUGUUCCCAGGAUCUUUCCCGUUCGGGAAAAGCAAUAGUGCCGGUGGCCUUGUUUAAUAGUGUGAUCAUCCGUAGAUACCUUGGGCCAGUGCCUAGCUUGGGCGUCCUUUUAGUUGGGCAGGUUUUUGAAGUUCUCGUUCGGGUCAUAAAUUUUAGUUGGUGAGUUAAAGGAAAGCUUGCCGACCGGGGGUCUCCGUUUGGCUACGGCUAUGAAUGCUGGGGAAAUCCAGCCCGUUCGGGCAAGCAGUAUGGCUGUUCCUUCAUGGCUUCUUUUACUUGUGCAGGUCCCAUCCUUGGUUCAGCCUAAAACUCUCGUUCAGGCCUCAUUGUUGACUCCGGGUACACAUGGAUAUAGGGCCUGCUUGGCGGAAAAUCUCCCGCUCGGCCCCCUGCUAAGCUGAAACUGUUGCUCUUGUGUGCUGAUGUGCGUCGCCUCUCCGGACUGGCCGGUCGUUCCAUAAGUUCCUGUCCUGGGUUUGGGGGUAUUGCAAAGCAUAGUGUGUUCGGCGUUCGUUACCCAUGUGUUCGGGGAGUUUCCGUUCGGCGUUCGGGAUGCAGUGCAUACUCUUUGGAUAAUGAUGAAUCUGUCAGAAUCAUCUACUUUUGUUGUGUUGUCAGGCUUCCCACGUGAGAAUGUAUAGAUAUUUUCCUUAUCUCAAGCCAGUGGGUAUGUGGGUCCCUCUUACUUCUUCCUCCUUCACUGGUAUGCUUCCAUGGCUGGUUCACUGCUUGUAGUUCGAAUUGUUUUUUUGCUUCGGUCCCAGCCUGUCACUUAGGACAUGGAGCAAUGAUUUGAUAGCCAGCUGCUUGGUUGGAUCCGGAUUCUUCACCAGGAGUUCUCCAUUUAUAGUUUUUCCAGAAUUCCUCCCCUUGCUUGUUUCCUUUGAAGAUCAGGUCGUUUUUGCAUCAAAAAACUUUGUAAAAAAUCAAGAACACAUGAACCUUUUUGAUCUUUUCCCACAGACGGCGCCAAUGUUGAGGUUUUGUCCCGUAGAUCCGAAAGCGCAACAUAAACUUCGGAUAUUAAGGACGAUGGAUUCGGUAUAUAAAAGUGAAUAUAAAUAUAAAAGUGUAUGAACUAGCUAUUUUUACGUGGAAACCCGGAAAAGGAGAAAACCACGGGACUUUUUAGGCUAACGUCCAAGCCCGCUCUUUCUCAUUAAUAUGCUCCCAUCACUCAUUUACAAUUUUACAUAGUACCAAUAUUUCUUGGAUCUUCCAUUAAUGGAGCUUUAAUAACUAAGCUAAAAGAAUAAGAAAUAAGGAUGAAGAACUCAUCCAGGAAAGGAGAGCCAGAAAAAGCAGAUCCUUUGAGUGGAAGCCUUCCUUCCUAUUUAUAGGAAAAGGGGAGGGCUUUUCUAUUCUAAUAAGGCCUUAAUGGGCCGAAGCAGGCCCAUGUGGGCCGAAAUGGGCCGGUUGGCCUAAAUGGGCCUCGCCAAAUGGGCCCCGUACCGGGGUGGUGUCUUGGGCAUCUGAACAGUAGUAGGCCGGGAUAUUAUUCCCCAACAGGAUGCAAUGGCCGGCCUUGUUUGGCAAUCGGCCGUUAGCUUGUUCCCAUAACAGUUAGGUAAUGACUGAUUGUUUAGCUGCUUUGAAUGGCUGGUUAACUUAGUUCAUUGUCAACAAUUGUUUAAUAAAUUGGUUGUUAGAGGGCAUGAUUAUAUAUAUGUGUGUGUAUAGAGUUUUUUCCUCAAAUAAUGUUAAUUAAAAAACUAAUUACGAAAAUAUGGUUGAAUGAAAAGUUUUUACCAAAUUGAUGCUGCCCAAACCAUGGUUAAAAGAACCGAUCCAAUUGGCG